GUGGAGAAAAGCACUUCCAGUGUUACGACCAAUCAUGUAUGAGGAGGAGUAGAGUCUGUGACGGCAAAAUCGACUGUGGGGGAUUAUUUCACGAAGACGAGAACCAGGCUUGUGAGCAGAAUACCCAACGAUCUUGUGCAGAAUGGUGGUAUCUUGGAAUGCGAGAAGAUGGGGAAUACCUCACAAACAUGGGCACUGACCGUAAGGCCUGAAUCUGAUUAUCCCGUGAAGAUAUCAGUUUUUCAUAAUUCAACUGCUGUAAUUUAGAGAGUCAUGAAACGGUAUAUUACGUAAAUUAAAUGUUUUUACUAAUAUAGGGUUAUUUCAUUUCAACAAAUUUUAUUUCUCAAAGAAAAUAAUUCUGAAAGAAAAAGGAUUGAACAACAGGCAUAGCCUAUGUAAGUUCUCUCCAUUUAGUAACAAUGAGUAUAUACAAGUUAACAUCAUUCAUAUAAUACAUAAUAUAGUGAGAUAUCAGUUUAGUAGGGACAACUCUGAGUCGAGUAUAAUUAGUCGAUUUUAUUUAAUGUAUUUCAUCCAGUUUAUUUUUAGAAAAUUUUAAAAUCCUGUAACCAAAACAGGAUUCCCUCCGCCUAUGGGAUACCGACCAGUAAAGUCCAUUACAGCUAGGUAGCUGCUGGUCAUCCACCCAUAAGCUUUGGGGACCAGUCAUGGAUACAACAUUCUGAGUUUUAAUUUGAUAAUGACAGUUAAGAAAGGCAAAAUUAGUUAGAUAAUAUAUUUAGUGGAUUCCGUAAGGUUGCAUAGUUGGAGAGUGAUUACUUGAAUUUGAUAGAAGUAUGAUUGAGAAAUGAUUAUAAGAAAAAUAAUUAAUACAGGGCACGACUAUGAGCAAUAGAAAUAUGUAAGCAGUAAAUAUGCAAACAAUUUUAAUCCACUAAUUAAUAAGGUUGUCUAUACUAAAGGAUUAAAUGUUAUACCUUGUAACAAGUCUUUAUGUUCCAGAUGCAUUUCCUGUUUCCUGCAAAUUCCUCAAAAAGAAUGGAAAAGACAUGGUCCAAACAAUCAUCCACCACACCUACGAGGACCCAAUCACAGUAACACAGGGGAAGACCCUCAAUCAACAUAUUACAUACACCUUACCCAAGUUUAUGAUUGAGAAAAUCAAGGACGAAAACGUUUGUUAUCAGACUAUCAGCAUGAAGUGUCACUUUACUAUACUCCAGAGUACUUCCUGGCAAGGCGGAUUCACAAAUGAAACUAAACUGUUUUCGUUAAAGACAACCGACGACACAUGUUCCUGUCCCAUGUUCUUCAACUGUGAUACGAAUCAAACAAGGUGUAAUUGCUCUACGACAGCCCAUGACUGGUACACCGCCUCAACUACGGAGGUACGACAGGAUUCCGGAAUUAUCCAUGAUGAGCGCUACCUUCCUGUGUUACAAAUAACAGCUUCAGUACAGGCAGGUCAACAGCGCAACCUCGUUCUUCAUGUCGGCCCGCUGAUCUGUGAGAAUGAUAACGAAGUGCGGAGCGAGCGAUACCUGUGUCGAAGUAAGAUCUCCAUCAAUUACACGCACAAGUGUUUGAGAGAUUACGACGAGUACGGAGAACUGAAAGGUUGCCAGGACCUCUCUCAUCUGGACGAUUGUGAACAUUUCGUCUGUCCAUCUGACUACGUGAAAUGUCCAGGACGCUACUGUAUCCCAGCCCGACUGGUGUGUGACGGUACUGACCAUUGCCCAAGCGGUCAAGACGAAAAACACUGUGACGAUAGCUGCCCGGGAUUGUACCGAUGCCAUGCCAGCAACAUGUGUAUUCCUGUCAGUUCCGUAUGUGACGAAUUGCAAGAAUGUCCGAAUGGGGACGACGAGGAACAUUGCUACAGCCGAUGCCCCGACGCGUGUUUGUGCAUUGGCUUUACAGUGAUGUGUCGAGGUGUUUCAUCUAUGAAUGAUACCAUCGAUCUCCAAGCAACAACCCGAAAGUUAAUAUUUAUCCAGUCUGAUUUUUCUACAUUUAUACCCGCAUUUAACUUCGGUUUACUAGGAGAACUUAACCUAUCAAAUUCAGGGAUCACUGAGCUGCGGUCUAGAAACUUUUUCCUUCUUAAAAAUCUGUAUAGUUUGGAUCUUAGCUAUAACGGCAUCAGUCGAAUAAUUGCCUCCGCGUUCGAAGGUUUGAACAAUCUGAGAUUUUUAAAUCUUGAGGGUAACGUACAACUCCGGUAUGUGUAUGAGGAUUCAUUCUCAGGUUUGCUGAAAUUGCCGGAAGUUGUUAUAGCACAUACAAGUAUAACGAGUCUACCAAAGGGAACAUUCAAAGGAUUGGAUUCGAUACAGAGUUUACGUGUAACAGACAAUGGCCUAACUAAAGUAGAGGACGAUGCAUUCGCAUCGUUGUCCUCUCUAGCUGUAUUAGAUAUGAGAGGUAAUGAGAUAAUAGAGUUUUCGGACGGUAUAUUCAGAGGACUGUCUAAUUUAACCAAAUUAUACACAGACACGUAUAUGUUUUGUUGUCUCAAGCCCGAGAAUGUCACAGACGCCAACUGUUUUCCUUAUCAAGACGAAUUUUCUUCGUGCGACGACUUGAUGCGAGAAGACAUGUUAAGAGCGUUCCUUUGGAUAAUAGGACUCUGUGCGUUUUUUGGGAACAUUUGUGUGGUUAUGUAUAAAUGUACAGCCGACAAACGCACCUUGAAGAAGGCACAUGGUAUCUUGAUCAUUAACCUUGGCAUAUCAGACUUUUGUAUGGGUGUAUAUAUGCUCAUCAUUGCAUCUGCCGAUUCUGCAUUCAGAGGAAGAUACGUAUGGAAUGACAUCGCGUGGCGUUAUGGUAACACUUGCAAGCUAGCAGGCGUCCUUGCGACAGUUUCAAGUGAGGCAUCAGUUAUUUUUCUGCUGCUUAUAACCAUCGAUCGUUUUGUGACAAUUAAAUUUCCAUUAGGCCAGGUACAAUUCGGUCCAAGAAAAGCCAAAUGUGCAUGUGGCAUUGUAUGGCUCUCUGCGAUGUCGGUUGCUAUUUUACCUCUUAUGGCCACUGGUUAUUUCAAGGGAAGUUUCUAUUCCCGGUCAGCAGUUUGUCUCGCUCUCCCACUGACACGUGACAGACCACCUGGUUGGGAAUUCGGUACGAUCCUUUUCAUUUUUCUCAACUUCUUUGUGUUCGUUGGAAUUGCUAUAGGCCAGAUCUUCAUUUACAAAGAAAUUUCCUCCGACGAUAAAAUGCUGAAAUCGCAGCGCCAUUUUCAAGACGCAGCGAUUGCUCGAAGCUUAUUUUUGGUGGUGUUUUCUGACUUUCUCUGUUGGUUCCCAGUGGGUGUUAUGGGUCUUAUGGCUCUGUCAGGUGAGAUGAUCCCUGCCUCAACAUAUGCCUGGACAGCUGUUUUUAUCCUGCCAAUCAACUCUGCUCUCAACCCGGUCAUAUACACGUUUACGGGCAUACUAAAGAAAAAGAAAUACCCAGGACUGAAUUUUGGCCGAAGUUUGAAGAAAUCUGCCUACGAUGCCAAUACAUGGAAAGUCUGGACGGCACUUAGUCAAAACCAACUAUUUAUGCUUGGGAACCAUCCUACUACUUACACGCCACUGGAGGAGGUGAUGACGAGAGAUGAGCCGAGGGUCCGGGCGAUGUACAAGGUCGUCCUUGAACUGAUGCGUGGCCUGACACUUCUACACGGCAAUGAUAUGGUGAAUGGACCGCUGACGGACGAUACGAUCUUCCUGACCGUACAAAAUAAGAAAGUCACGAGGGUCGUCAUUCGCCUAGAUCUAGCAGUCCAGGAUACGGAGAAAUCAGAAAACAUUUGCGACGUGGGAAAACUCACUAUCACAUUACUACGAUGGUAUCAGAAACAUAUCCGUAAAACAAAGAAAAAAUUGUCGAGACUUGGUGCACAAUAAGAUCAGAUCAGUGUCAACGUAUGUUCACUGUGCAAUGUCAAAGUGGAAAAGACUGAUCAUAUCGUUGUUCAUAGUAGCAUCCUUAAAUACGACUUCGUGAGUGCGAAAAUUUGGAAAUGGAGAUACAGAUUGAUUAAAUAGGUAAAAUGUUAAAGAAUAAUGACAUCAAAACGAAACCGUAAUUCAAGGUCAAAAUCGACAAAUACGAACAAAAAUAAAGUAGAUUUACAUGGAGAUUGUUGAAAUGUUCCGGAAGGGCAAGCGUCUUCUGUAUUUCUUCUUCAUACUUCAUGCUUGUCACCGAGCCCUUCUGUUAGACUUCGGGAGCCUUUCUGAGCAAUUGGUAGGCAAUUCCCGCCACACUCUCUCUAAUAAUUGGGAAACUGAAAUCAUCACAUUAUCAUACGGCUUCGUUGUAAGUAAACGUCGAUGUAAGCGGAUGCUGUUAAUGAGUUUGUAGUAUCCUUGAACUCGGCCACUUAGUAUAUCGAUAGAUAUAGUCACCAAAAUUCUUUUUUAAAGGUGCGGACUUACCCGGUCCGUGUUUUCACAAGGUUUGAUAAAGUAACAAACAUUCUAUUCGAACAUUUGGAAGCAUGUAUAACAAGAUAUCAAAUACGGUUUGUCUUUUUGUUCAUUACGUAAAUCAUUUCACGAAUCCAGGGAACUGCAGUGGGAGCAAGACGAUUCGGACAGUUAUACCACUCCGUAAGGUCAACGAUGAAUCCGACAUCAGAGGAGACUAACGUCAUGACGUGCGUGUAACAUUAGUUGGUGAAUUUGGUUUUUAUCAUUGAUAUAUUCUUCAGCGAAAAAUAUAUUUCUGACAGUAUAUUGUGCUUUAUGGGCGGCCUCUGUAACUGUGUAUCUUUGUAAGCAAUGCCAUAUAAAAAAGAACUACCUAGGUAAGUUUCUAUUAUCUUAUUUAACUGUAUCUGAUAACAAAUAUUUAAUAAUCAAACAAUACAUACAUGUACAUAAUUCACAUCACGCCUUGAUAUUCUGCUACAUAUUGUAGAUCAAAUGUAUAGGUUGUUUUUUUGUUUUUUUGUUUUACUUCAGAUCAAAAUUACUAUGACGAUAUCACUAUAAUCAUUAUUCGGCAAUUUUUAAAGUAAGAUUAUCUGACAUUUAGUUACAACAGUAAGACAUACAAGGUACAUUUGUUAUAUUUCAUGUUUAUUAUCAGUCAUCAAAAUACGCUGUCUCGUUGUUACAUGUUGUGAAUUAAAUAUUGUAUUUCAACAAAUAUCAGCGUUCAUUUUCUUAUAUCACAAUUAUCAUUUCAGUAGGCGUAAAUCAGUUACUUUAUAAUAACAGAUAAUUCAUUAGUCGACACGUUUAUCCAAAUUACCACCAAAUUUAAAAACGCGUAUUGUAUGUGUGCAUUUCAUUACAAAACGACAUUUUAUCAAGAACAUUGUGUACAAUUAGUAUUGCUUAUCUUUUGAUUCUAUUUAUCCAUGAAAUCAAUACGAGACAGCAGAGUUCCAGGAAAACAUAUAAAGCGAUUUGAAAUCGCAGCCAAACAACCCAGUUUUAAUAUUUACAGUGCCUGUAAUAUUGACCUCUAUCACAUAACUGGCAUGCUAUUAAGUGAAUACAAUAGGUCAUACGUACAUUUAUCUUUUGUGUAAAAAGAAAUUUUGUGACGUCUUCCAAUGAUUAGGGAAUAAGUCAUACACAUAAAGAUUACCAUCGGCUGUCUUACCGAAACACUUGUACCGAAUGCCAUACUUGGUCAUUUUCAGUAGAAGUUACAAUCCGUAAACUGACUUCCCCAAACACGUGGACUGAAGGUCAUUCUUAGCAAUCGUCACUAGAAAUAAUAAUUACAUUGGCUUUCCUCAAUUCGUUAGCAUGCAAAAUUAUUUUGACAUAUUCCGGUUCUUAGAUCAUCUCAUUUAUUUGAGGUUGUCUUAAAAAAA